AUGCCUGAACCCGCCAAGUCCGCCCCGAAGAAGGGCUCCAAGAAAGCUGUGACUAAGACGGCUGGUAAGGGAGGCAAGAAGCGCAGAAAGUCCAGGAAAGAGAGCUACGCGAUCUACGUGUACAAGGUGCUGAAGCAGGUCCACCCCGACACCGGCAUUUCCUCCAAGGCGAUGGGCAUCAUGAACUCGUUCGUCAACGACAUCUUCGAGCGCAUCGCCGGUGAGUCGUCCCGUUUGGCUCAUUACAACAAACGCUCCACCAUCACGUCCAGGGAGAUCCAGACCGCCGUGCGCCUGCUUCUUCCCGGUGAGCUGGCCAAGCACGCCGUGUCUGAGGGCACUAAGGCCGUCACCAAGUACACGAGCUCCAAGUAACAAGUGACGAAAAACCCAACGGCUCUUUUAAGAGCCACCCACAUUUCCGCUUAAAGAGCUUUUUGCCUUGUGUGAGUGAAAAAAGCACGCUGUUUUCUGGAGGUGGAGAGAAUGGUCCUUUUUAUUCCAGUUCAUUUUCCCGCGAAUUUUUUUUUUUGUUUUACUCUUGUGUAGGUAUUUUUGCCCAAUAUACUUAAGAUGUUAAGCGCCUAUACCCAUGCCCAUAGACCUAAUAAAAUACAAUACAGUUUACAGCUUGUAUUCCUGGUACGGAGCAGACAGCUGUGUAAUACCGGCAUGUGACACUACUCAUUCAAACUAUCCACUCGAACUAAAACAAGAAUGUACGAGCGCAUAUACACACACUCUUGCACAUUCUCCUCACACAGACCAAGUAAGUCACAGCACGUAACAGAACGCAGGGAUUACUGGAACAUUACUGCUUAAGUGAAACAGUUAGGUGGCUCUUAAAAGAGCCUUUGGGUACUUUUGGGGAAAAAGCUGGGAGCGCUCCGUUUAAGUUAAGCGCGCUCUCCGCGGAUACGGCGAGCCAGCUG